UUAAACCCCCGAAACUCCACCUUCCGGGCGCGCGGCGCGGAGCCGGGCGGUGGGAAUGGAGCGAGCAGAUUGAGGCCGCCACUGCAGCGCCGCCAGCAUGAACUUGGCCGCUAGCUGAAGCGGCCGGCGGCGGGCGGGCGCGGGGGCACCGGCCGCUAGCCAGGGGGUGAUCUGCAGCCGGGCCGGGCCACUCGGCGGGCACCUCAGGCCAGGCUGCCCCGCACUGCCGACCGCCAACCCUCGGACACUGCCCCCGCCGCCUCCGGAGCUCCGCAGCACGCCCUGUGUCUAGGUCGUUUGGGAAGCGCCUUGGAGAGUCAAGAAUAAAAUUGCAGGUCAAACAAUGGAUGACUGGAAAAGUCGGCUUGUAAUCAAGAGCAUGCUUCCCCAUUUCACCAUGGUGGGAAAUCGUCAGGAGCCCAGAAAGCUCCAGGAAUCGCCACAGGGAACCAUCAAGAGGAGACAGGAAGGAGACAAUUUCCAGUUUCCAGGCAUGGCUGACGGGGGUUACCCUAAUAAAAUUAAGAGGCCCUGCCUUGAAGAUGUCACCCUUGCUAUGGGCCCAAGUGCCCAUCCCAGUACCCCCUGUGCAGAGCUGCAGGUCCCUCCGUUAACAAUGCAUCCUAGCCCUACAGCUGUAGGAGUCACUAGCCAGUCAUUACUACUCGAGAAUAAUUCCAUGAACGGCAGCAUUAUGGAUUCACCAUUUGUGGUGCCACCAACUGCAGAAAUGGGGCUGAAAGAGCCCACCGUUCCUUACUAUGAGAAAAUCAACAGCAUGCCUGCUGUAGACCAAGAACUUCAAGAUCUGCUGGAGGAGCUAACGAAAAUUCAAGAACCUUCUCCGAAUGAGCUGGAUCUUGAGAAGAUACUGGGAAGCAAGCCAGAAGAGCCACUGGUCUUAGAUCAUCCCCAGGCAACUCUAGGCACGACUCCCAAGCCUUCGGUUCAGAUGCCGCACUUGGAGAGCCUUGGUUCGGGCAAGGAGUUUGCCUCCAGUUGCAGCCAAGUCACUGGCGUGUCACUUCAAAUGCCACCCUCCUCUACAGGGGUCAGCUAUUCGAUCCCUUCUACUAGUAAGCAGAUGGUCUCGCCCAGUUCUUCAACAGUACAGGCCAAGAACCAGGUCCAGGCCAUGCUCCCUGCCACUUUGCCCCCACUUCCGGUGCCUCAAUGGCAUCAUGCCCACCAGCUGAAGGCAUUGGCAGCCAGCAAGCAGGGAUCUGCUACAAAGCCCCAAGGGCCAAGCCCCCGUUGGUCUGGUCUGCCUCCUCCAGGCCUCUCUCCACCUUACCGCCCAGUGCCAUCACCACACCCACCGCCGCCGCCACCUCCACCGCCACCGCCACCACCAUUCAGCCCUCAAAGCCUCAUGGUGUCCUGCAUGUCAUCCAGCAACUUGCCGGGCAGUGCUGUCCAAGGCUCUCCCAAUGCCUUACUCUCGAGCAUGGUGUCCAGCAGCAAUGCUGCCCUGGGGCCCACCAUGCCCUAUGCCCCUGAGAAGCUCCCCAGCCCCGCUCUCACACAGCAGCCGCAGUUCAGCCCGCAGAGCUCCAUUCUUGCCAACCUCGUGUCCUCUACCGUCAAAAACCCUCAAGGACACCUGAUGUCUGCUCUGCCCACCAAUAACCCUGGGCCAUCGCCACCCUAUCGCCCAGAGAAGCUCUCGAGCCCAGGCCUGCCGCAGCAGUCCUUCACCCCGCAGUGCUCGCUCAUCCGGAGCCUCACUCCCACCGGUGGCCUGCUCAGCCAGCAGCAGCAGCAGCAGCAACAGCAGCAUCAGCAGCAGCAAGCAAACGCGAUCUUCAAGCCCGUGACCUCCAACUCGUCCAAAACCCUGAGCAUGAUAAUGCAGCAGGGGAUGGCGGGCUGCAGCCCAGGAGCACCAGAGCCAUUUACUUUUGGCAACACCAAGCCCUUGUCCCAUUUUGUUUCUGAGCCAGGCUCCCAGAAGAUGCCUCCCAUGCCUGCCACCUCUAGGCAGCCUUCCCUGCUCCACUACCUGCAGCAGCCGACGCCCACGCAGGCCUCCUCUACCACUGCCUCCUCCACCGCCACUGCCACCCUGCAGCCGCCGCAGCAGCCUGACCAUUCAUUCCUCCUGCAGCAGAUGAUGCAGACCCAACACUUUCAGCGACCACUGGCCUCGGAUUCCAUGCCUGCGCUGCCCAGACAGGGCUGUUGCCAUCUGUUUGCAUGGACUUCUGCAGCUAGCUCGGUGGAGCGCCAGCAUCAGCACUGGAACUCUUACACUAGCAGGCAAGAUCCUCACCCUGGAGACGUGGCACCAUCUAACAUUCAAGAGAAACAGAGAUCAGGUCUUAUGGCAAUGACCCCUGAACAGCAGAGUGCAUAUAUCGCCCAACAGAUGAGUCAAUUUCAAGCCGUCCAAGAACAAGUCACCUCCAAGUGUAGCCGGACCAAGGCAAGCCCCCCAUCCAGCCAGCACAUGAUGCCACCCAGAACUGGACUCCUUCAGAACAAUCUAAGUCCAGGAAUGAUCCCACCCACCAGGCGCCAGAGCCGUGAGGACGUGGGCAUGAUCUCACCAACUCCAGGGAAGCAGUGUGGAAUUUUCAACUGUAGCCCCCGGUUUCCCAUACCCUCACGUUCUGGCCAGAAGCCCCUGGGCAGUCUUGGCUCUGUCUACCGCCAUACGCAGAGCCCCAAGGCCAACCCUCGACGAGUGCCCCUGCCUGGGUUCUGUCCCAGCCUCCUAGGCAGCCAGGCCCUGAGUCCCCACCAGCUCAGACAGCCCAGUGUGCCAACAAUGCCCACUGUGUUCAACAAUGCCGCAUGGAUAGCCGUGGCAGCAGCUGCGACCACAACAGUUUCGAGGGAACCACACCCAAGCCAAGUAGAUAAUAGCAUUCAGCAGCAUUUUGAUAGCAACUCGAUCUUUGCCAAGGCACCUAUGGGAGUGCCACCCAUAGCCCCAGCAUUCCUGUCGCAGCAAGCAGUUGUGCCCCCCAAUCAGAUGGCCCCAGGAGGCAGGCCUGGCCAGAAGUUGAGUCCUGCCCUGGCCAGCUCCAGCUUCAGCCUGCUGGGCAACCAGAGCCUCAGGCAGAGCCCGGUGCGGGUCCCGGUGCCUGUACCGAGCACCACCAGGUCCCUCCAGCAGGGCAUGGCCAGCUUCCAUCCCAUGAGUCCCAUACAAGGCAUAGAGCCGCCAAGCUAUGUGGCCGCUGCUGCUGCUGCCGCUGCUGCUUCUGCCAUCACUGCCAGCCAGUUCCCGAGUCUGUUCAACAGAACGAGUACUCCCCCUGAGCUGCCACCCAACAUUUUGCCCCAGCCCCAGCCCCCACUAAACGAUCUGAUUUCACCACCUGACUGCAGUGAGGUGGAUUUCAUUGAAGCUCUCUUGCAAGGCUCCAGCGUGAGCCCAGGUGAAGACUGGGUGUGCAACUUGAGGCUGAUCGAUGACAUUUUGGACCAGCAUGCUGCUGCUCAAAAUGCUGCAGCCAAAAAGGUUGGCCAACUCCCCCAGAAUGCUGGGGAGCUUUAAAUCUAGCAGGCUGCCCAUAGAAGCCCCCAGGUUGGCAUCACUCUAGGGAGUGGCAUGAGCUGUAGCAAAUUCACACCUGGCCCCAGACAGCUGCAGAUGUCUCCUCAUUACCAUUUGAGUGGCACAAGCCCACACCCAUCCCUCUCUCUACCUGUGAUGAAAUGGAAAGCUGGUGAUUUUUCAAGCUACUUGUACAUAUUUGAAAAUUUUGUAAAUGGUUUUCCUAAACAUUAAUGACAGAAGUAUUUAUACUUCGUUUUGUGACUUUGUAAAUAAAGUGACGGCUUUUGUUUCAGUAGAGUUGUGUUUAUUAUGCAUUGUUUUGUGUUUAUUAUACAUUGUUACAAAUACACAGACUGUGUUGUUCGCUCCAGUGAUACCUUGUUGAGCUAGGUGGCUGAGUCGCUUAUGGUUUUGAUGCAAUGAGCGAUGUGGAUGUGACCAAGAGGUGUUGUGCAAACUGACAAAUGCCAAAUAGAAAACCACUUGGCCAUGUAUUUCCAAUUUUCACUAAAAAUUCUAUCGCCUUGUGUGGUUUUUAAUCUCUUUUGCAAACCUUUCAGUCUCCACUAGCUCUUUCCUAAUGAGCAUUUACGGAAGAAACCGUUUUGUCCUUAAGUGCCCCCCAGAGACACUUUGCCGAGAGGCUGAGAGAGUUUCUUACAUCCAGGAACGGUGCAGAGACAGCGGAAGCCGAGCACUGUCUGCGCCUCCACCUGGAGGAACUGGAGCGCCCUCCUACCUUUCUGGUUUAGGCAGAGAGAAGGUACCAGCAUUGUGUGCACCCUCGCAGGCUGAAGGCGAGCUGGUCCUGGGUGAAAGCCUUUCAGUAUUUGUUUUGUUUUAAGGCUCUGUGGUUUGGGGAAAAAAAAUAUGUAAACAUUAAUAGUUGAUUUGGGGCUUGUCUUUAAUGGUUUCUACCUGCAAUUAUCGUCAUGUAUAUUUAAAUGUCUGUUAUAGAAACCCACACCCACUGUCCUGUAAACUUUUCUCAGUGUCCAGACUUUGUGUAAUCACAUUUUAAUUGCCACCUCGUAUUUCGCCUCUACAUUUGAAAUCUGGCAUCUGUUUCCAGCCAGUGCGUUUUUUCUUCAUUCUGUAAUAAACAGCCAGGAGAAAAGUG